CGCUUAGAUUUGCCCUUGCAUUUGGUCGAAUGGGCGCCAAGGCAAGUCGUCUCGAAGGCGCGAGGUCCGGCGAAGCGGGAACGUAUGACAGCAAGUACCCCGCGGUGGCGUUCACGGCGCACGGGCUCGCGACACCGAACGAAGUGCACCACUACCUCCCGGCCAACUUGCCCGUGUUUCCAGUCCUAAACGCAACGUACUUGGUCGACUGCACCAAGUCGUGGAAGGACAUUUGCAUGGCCAACACGGACCGCAUGAAGGAGUACGACAAGCAGGGCAUUCUGCUCUUCCAAGACGAGUUCUUCCACCGCCUCUUUCAGCGCGACGCGAGCAUGGAAGCCGUGUUCCCGUCCGUCAAGAAACGCGCCGAGGUGCUUAUCGCGGCAAUGACGUUCAUGCUCCAGGGCACAACUGAGAGCACGGAGCGCAUGAUCAACCGGUGCCGCCACCUCGGCCACGCGCACCGCGUGUUCCCAAAGGUGCGGCCGCACCACUUUGCCGUGUACGUGAGCACGUGCAUCGAAGUCAUCAUGUACUGGCUCGGGAACGAGAGCACGCCCAACAUUGGCGAGGCAUGGAGCAACCUCAUUGGCUUCUACCUCAAGCACAUUCUUCAAGCGUACCUCUAUGACAUCGUCGACGAGACCGAGUUUGCCCAAAACAUUAGCCAUCGGCCAACGCCAGGAACCCAGUAAUACCUCGUGUUAAUCACGAUUCAUCUGUGUACGA